AGGUUUACGCCCGUACAAUAGCCGUUUAUUUUCGUAAAACAAAAAUGGGAGAAAAUAUGUUCAAAUCACAGAUAUAAAAACAUGAUCAAAUGCUUGCAUUUGAGAAAUUAGACUUGUCUAAUUUCUGAGGUCCAGACUCAAGCAGUUCGGGUCGUCUAGGUUCAACUUUUUGAACCUUACCAAAUCUUUUGUAACUUUUCUGCGAGUAAGAAACUCGCAGAAAAGUUACAAAACAUUUGGCCAUUUCCAUACAAACUUUCGAAAAUGGCAUGUAUUUAAUUAUAGCAGAAUAGCUGGAAUCACUUACUACAUAAUUACUCUUUUAUCGAAAAAUAAAAAAAGAGCGCGGUGCGAUAGGUAAAACGGCGCGAAAUCAAACGUUUUCCGUGUUUUACUUUUCACAAUUUAAUUCGUAAUGAUACAAAUACAGAAUGCUACAAGAAAAGACAUUCAGGAUUUGUUAGAGUUGUUAAAUACAACGAACAACAUCGAAAUACAAGCAAAAAUAUUUUCUCUAUUAGCCUGCUAUUUGGUAUCAGAUAAUAAUAUAAACGGCGAUUUGAUUAUCACAAGUCACUUCGUAUAUGAUAGAGUAUAUACAAUACUGAGCCAAGGUCCGCCAAAGAAGAUAACAGUGACUUUGAACUUCAUAUCAGCUUUACUGUACGAUGUUGAAGAAGACUUCUGUUCGACGAAGCAGAGCCUGGUGCUGCACGCGCAACUCAUGUUGAGAGUCAGCGGCUGUUUAGCACUCAUGUCUAAUCUUUUUAACAGUUGUAUGGUGCAUCAAGAAACUUGGAGCGCACUUUGUCGAUGCCUUGCUGAAGUGUGUAGACAAUCUAAGGAGAAUCAAAAUUACUGUUCAGACUUAAUUACUACUGGAAUACGGCGAUGUUCAUCGGGAGAUACAGAGUGUUACCAAGUCCUACAAAGUUUGUUGUACAAACAUGACCAAAAUACACAACAAUUCGUCGACAGUAAUGGACUCGCCAUCUUAACGAGGGACAAAUUACACAAUAUAUCAUGCUUGAAACUUAUCAACGCGAUAAGUCAAAACGCUAAGGCCGUAAUAAUGUUGGUGCAUAAAACAGAAGUUGUUGGAAUCUUAAAGAACUUCCUGGAGUUAUAUGAAAAAGAUUCUCAGAUUGGUCAAUGGGCAACUAUUGUUUUAUACAAUAUCAAAACGUUAAUGAAAGAUAUAGAUACAAAUGAAACAGAAGUACAUAAAUCGAAUGGUGAUUUUCGAUCUCCAGUCGACAAUUUAUUAAAUAUCAACAAUAGGUUCGCAGAGGAUUUUCAUAAAGAGCAAAAGGGAACUAAAACAAAUAUGAAUUAUAAAUUCUGUAUAAAUAAUGAAAAUAUUUCAUACAACCAUACAAACCAUGGCGAUACCACAGAACUUUUCCAAAACGUGUUUAGGGAAAUAUUGCAGGGUCAAAAAGAUGGAUUAAAUAAUGUUCACAACAUUGCGAGUGAAGGGAGCAGGAGCGGCGACGCAAGACAAAACGCAGAAAAAUAUCGGAGUACUACUAUAGGACUGAAAUCUGCCAAUAUACACUCUAUUUCCUAUAUAAAAAAGCAGUUUGUAGAAAUGCCGUCUAACGACAUGCUCCACCGAAACAUACCUGUUAUUACUCCAAAUAAAAAUAAUUUAAAUGUUUCUAUAAGUUCACGCGGCGAUCUUUCAUUUUCAUUCUUACUCAAUGAGAAUUAUAAUCUAAAUAAAAAUAAAAAAUCUAGAAAUUGCCAGCAAUUUGGUGUUGCUAGAUUUAAUAAAACAGGUAAUGAGAAAUCGACAGUUGUUUCAAAUAUGUCUGUCAAUGUAAGACGGGAUAUAAAAGGAAAUAAUUCUGAAGUGACGAAAAAUAGUUAUAAUGUAACUAAACUAAUAGAAGACAUGGAAGAGAAUGAGAACCGCACUAUUGAAUUUAAGCCAACUAUUGUGUCUACUCCCAAAAGAUUUCCUACAAAACAAAGACAAUUUCGAAAUUAUACAAUAGGAAUUAAAAAAGAAGAAAGGUCGAAUAGACACGAUAGAUAUAAGCAUCAGAGAGCUACUAUCAAAGAAAUGAAAAACAAGUCAUUUAGUGGUAAAUUUUUUGGCGCCAUAAACGAAUCUUGUACAAUGUUAGUGAAAACCGUUAAAAAUAUUUUUACAACUAGAAAUACAGAUACCAGAACAAAAGUGGAACAGAGUACAAUGGUAAAUCCAUGUAGAAGGAAUGCACACUCUAAUUGCAGUUUUAUGGAUUAUAUGCGUCGUCGUGACGCCAUCAUGGGGAGUCAGAGUGGAGACAGGAAUUCGGAGAAGGGCAGCGGCUCGUGUGAAACUUGUAACGACACAAUCCUUCUCAAACAGAAAUUGGAAAAAGAUCAGAAACUCAAACAGACACUAAAGAAACUCAAAUUUGGGAUAAAUUUAUAUGGCUGCGAUUUCAAGAAAAUAUCCGCAUCGAUGUGGCCCCACAACUCCUAUAUGACUCCUACUGUUUUAUAUAAUCUUUACCGAAAGUUAAUUGUUAAAUGAUUCAGAAAAUAAAAUAAGUCGAAAU